AUGAGCCACAAAGUCUCCAAGAAACUAGACGAGGAGCAAAUCGAUGAACUCCGGGAGAUAUUCCGGUCAUUUGAUCGGAACAAAGACGGAAGCUUAACUCAACUCGAGCUAGGAUCACUUCUCCGAGCACUAGGUCUUAAACCAAGUCCAGACCAAUUCGAAACCCUAAUCGACAAAUCCGACACUAAAAGCAACGGUCUAGUCGAGUUCCCGGAGUUUGUAGCUUUGGUCUCGCCGGAGCUACUAUCAUCAACGGCGAAAACUAAGACUCCUUACACGGAGGAGCAGCUUCUCCGAUUGUUUAGGAUAUUUGAUACAGACGGUAAUGGGUUUAUUACCGCGGCGGAGUUGGCACAUUCAAUGGCUAAGCUUGGCCAUGCUUUGACGGUGGCGGAAUUGACCGGAAUGAUUAAGGAAGCGGAUAGUGACGGAGAUGGUCGGAUUAAUUUUCAGGAGUUUGCUAAGGCUAUUAACUCUGCAGCUUUUGAUGAUUUAUGGGAUUGA